UACCUAGAAGGGAAUGUUUCUAAGUCUUUAGUUACCGAAAGGAGUACCCAAGCGUUGGUGUCAACGUAUUCGCCUUGAAUUCGGGGGCGAACCAACAAAGGGGUGUUAGGGUACCUACCUAGGUAGUCGACGUGAGACUCGAACCCACAACCUCAGCCAUCCCUUGAAGAACACGCACGCUCCACAAAUACCUGACCAGGACGCACGCCACGAAUCGGGCUGUUCUAUUCGUAGGCCCAACCAUUGCGUCCAACUUGUUCAGCUCUUGGCACGUGCCUGGUUACCUCACACAACAGGUCCCCCGCACGAUGAACUUCCUUUUUCUGGGCAAUUCCAUCUAAAUCUUGUCUGAGGCCUACCAUACUCCGAGCCCAAGCAAUGCUCGCCGCUAAGAAUUUCUUCAACUUCCCGAAUCAUAGCUCGCGAGAUAGUACUCCACGCGACAGUCCACUGGCAACUAGUGCCAUGAUUUCCAAGCCGACCAUCGAGGACGAGAAGCCGAUGAUGGAGGACGACCGGGACCAAGACUCCGACACGGAAACUAUUCUCACCGAAAACACCACGACGGCAGCCACUAGCUUCUGGGACCAUACCGCCAUCCGCGAUGCGGUACCUUGGGCUGGCAAGACGUUCAUCAUCGUUGACAAAGCAUCCGGCCGGGUGAUCAGCCAUACGAACGGCGAACUACGACUCGAGGACAACACUGGUCGGAGGGGUUGUUGGCACUGGCUCUGUGUCGAGAAAGAUGGAUGGUUUGGGUUUUGCAAUACGGCGUCGGGGAGGUAUCUCGGGAUUAACGUCUGGGGGACUCUCCAGGCAGAGGUCAAACAUCACAAGGGGUGGGAGUUCUUUUGUCCAAGAAGACAUCCAGACGGGGGUUACAUAUUGCUCGCAACCCAAAACCAUUGGAAGUUGCUGAAGGUAGGCCUCAACAAAGAUGGCGAUGGUUUGGUUGCAAACGGGGAUCAUGACGGUAUCGUAUGGGAAUUCGUUCAGGUUUGAGCGGGGUUUGGGGGAGGUUGUUAUGCAGACAGUCCAUACCGGUAUUAGACAGGGGUGUUUUUGGCGGCAAUGAUGACAUGGAAGCUUAAACCCGAACCCUCAAGUCAGUCUCU